AUGAGCGAUUCGGAAGAGCCACCGGACAAUACUCGUAGGCCGAAGUCUACUAUGUUACCGAUAAGAGUAAGUGCGAAAAACAAUCGACGUCCUCGCUGAGCAGAUAUUUCAGAGAACACUCCUCGGGGUCGUAAUGAAAGAAAAUGGUAUGAACGACUAUUCGAAUAGCAGUGACUCACACAAAAGUACGAAAACGUCGUCGGCUCGAAGCUCACAUUCGAGGCAGUCGGAACAAUCCGAUGAAAGGAAUCGGUCUGGCCGUGAUCUGAAAUUUGAUGUGGAUUCUGAAGAUGAAGAACUUACGGAGAGAUCAGAUGCAGCCGGCGGAGAUAUCGUUUUGGACUUGGAUGAGACUCAGGAAGACUAUCUGGAAGACGAAGAGGAGCGACUCCAGCCACCAUCGAAAAAAGGCCGUUUCAAAGGCAUGCUUCUAAUGAAGCAGCCGUUCUGUAUGAUCCCCCAAAACUUUGCCUUCAUCAGUGACUAUUUCAGACAAGGCAAUGAAUGCCUUCUCGCCCAGCGGCCGUCCAAUUCGCAACCGUAUCCCUCCGGUUCGCUGGUGGCUCGGAGAAGAGCCUCUCUACAAAAGACAGGGAGAUGGAGAAGUUGUUCUCGAAGGGGUCACGGACGUGUACAUCACCGACAAAGUGUUCAUGAAGUACAGAACGGCCAGUCCGUUCGAUUUGAUGGACCAACAAUUGCGAGAACGCAAGAGGAAGAGAGGCAAAACGGCGAGAAAGCGGAAUCCCAGUUGAACCUCAUUCUACUCGUUUGAUAAAUCCGUUGUCAUCUCUCUUUUUAUGUGUUCUUCUUUCAUGUAGAUUCUCAUCUCGUUGCCGGCUCCCAACUACAGUUCCAAGUGGCUCUUUGCCCUUAUCAGUGACGGAAAAGCCGAACGUGGGCCAACAAGGGGGGCGGGCGGUUUCAGUGUCUUGUCAAAACAAACACAAAUUGUGCGGUUCGACGACCUCGUCUUCGCUUUCCACUCGGUUCCCUCCCUUCAUACAUGUACAUAGUCGCGCAGCAGCCGGCCGGCUCUCCCUGCCUCUCCGCCCGUCUCACCUGCCCCCCGCUGCAUACCUGCUGCUGCUCUCGCGGCUCUUCGUCGCGUAUCCUCGCGUAGCCAUGCGACCCCGUCUUCCUCCUAUUUCCAUGAUUCUCCUCCUGUUGCUAUCCAUUCGCUUCGUCGGAGGGAUUGAUGUCUUCUGUGGCCAACUCGAAAUUUUCAACGAGCAACGAUUCGGUCAGGGUGCGGUUACCGUAUCCUCGCAGACGACGGCCGACCUGAAACAGUGUCUGGAUGUGUGCUGUUCCAUUCCGAGUAAGCGUUCUGAUUUGACUCCUUAAAGAACCGAGACAGUGUGAAAGACGGAAUCUUUUUUUCAAAGUAUUCUUCCCAUGAUAAGUGUUGUGUGCUCAAAAGUGUGGGAAUUUGUUUUGAAAUCUAAGUCAAUGAGCUCAUGUGUCUAAUCCUUUUCUGUGCUAAAAAAGUGGCGCGUUAUCCGGUCUCAGUUAUCCGGUGUGUUGCUCGUUUCGGUACUCCAAAAUGACAAAUGUAUCAGCAGCAGUGUCUCGCGUCGGUUGUUUGCCGACUCGAACUACCAGUCGCUUCCUUCCCUUCCGCGGGAAAUGCUCGCGCAGAGCCGCGCACGGACAGUGUCGCGUCUAAUCCGAGUGUCAUACAAUCGUUUGUUUUAUCGUCGACUAAACCGAUUCUCGCGCCCUCAACCGGGCGGGCUCAGCUCAGCAAGAAGCGGCCGGAAACGGCGAACGCUCUUCUUUUUGAAGAAAGAGGAGAAUGGAGUGAAGCGUGUCCUUUUAUUUCCGUUUCUAUGGAGACAUGAAAAUAGACGAAAGAAUAGAGUUGAGCCGAGCGGAAAGAAGGAAAGAAGUAGGGUAAAUAGAACGGAAACAGAAAGAGAGUGAUGGACAGGCGAAAGAUCUUGACGUGCAGAGGGUACUCCCAAUUGGAACCAUCGAAUUGCCAUUUACAGACUGCGACGGCGUCACUUUCGAAGGCAUCACUUCGUCAGAAUUCGACGACGCCAACUGUCUUCUCGUCUCGUGCGAACCGACGUGCCAAUUCAACGGGCCAUCCGAGCACUCCUCCGGCGUUUUAUCCGUGCUCAUCCAUCGGAUCAGAGUAAGCCAUUUCCGUUUGCCAUCUUUGUCUCCCGAGAUAGACAGAUAUAAUAGCCAUUUCACACACGCCGUGAAUAAUUCACUCGGGCGGUGCUUAUGCCAAUAGCCAAAGGCCAUCUUUGUGUACGCUCUCGCUUCAAGCAGCGGCACGGGUAAUGAGAAACAGGGGGAAAGCAGGGGCAUUACAUAUUAGUUACCCGGGCGGAGAAGGAGGGAGGGAGGGAGAGAGAGAGAGAGGUUUUAUUACUACUAUAAUUAUUUCGGGAUUAUAUACAUAAGCGGGCUUGAGAUUCGGAGCACGUAAGAGAGGGAUACAAUAACAUAAUGAAGAAGAUUUACGAAGGGAAUGGGGGAUAAUUGAGCGUGUCCGAUGCAUUGGUACAGAUCAAUUGUUGGCUAAUGAACGGAGGGAUUGGAAGGAUAACGAGAAUGGGUUACAUAGAGCAAGACCCCAGAAACUGAAAUCACUUCUUCUAAAGUAGUUAACUAGCCAAAUGAGCUCUCGAAUGUCUAGAUUGUAUUGGGGAACCAUCAAAAGUAUUCUUGCUUUCCAGAAUGACACGACGACGCUGUCUCCGUCGACCACAAAGUCAAGGUUCGUUCCCGAGGUCCGAGCAGCGCUGACGCCGUUCUGGGUGCUCGCCGUGGCCAUCGGCGUGGCGGCCAUUUGCGUCGGUCUGAACGUGACUCUCUGCGUCGCCUACUGCUGUUACUGUCGACGGAAGAAACGGAGUCAGAAGGCACACAUAUCCACCGUCAAAGGUGGACCGACACUCCACGCCUACAACCAACAGAUCUGA